AAUGGAACUUGAUUCUUAGUAUUUAGUUCGAAUUUUACUGUUGUUCAGUGAUCAUUUAUUUAUACACUUUUCUGAGCCAUAUUCAUUACAUUUCAUUAUUUCAAUUGGAUUUUGUUUACUAAAUUUUUAAUCUGAUUCCGUCGAAAUGAAAUCAUUGCUAAUUUUGUUUAUGUGCCUCAAUGUUCUACGCGAACAAGCGGUCAUUGCAAAUCCAAUAGACAAUAAUAAAGAUGCACAACUAUUUGAAGCAGUGGAAAAAGGUGAUACGGAACGAGUAAACGCUGUAAUUGGACAAGCCGAUGUAAAUGCAAAAAAUAAAUUCAACGAGACACCUCUUUUCAUCUCAACUCGAAAUGGCAAUGAAGAAAUAGUCAAAAUUCUAAUCGACAAUGGAGCUGAUGUGCAUGCAGUAAAUAAUUAUGGGGGCAAUUGUCUGCAAAUUGCUGCUGCAAAAGGUUAUAUAGGAAUUGUUGAAAUUUUAUUAACAAACGGAGCUCUUGUUAAUGGAAGAGAUAGAUACAACAAUACUGCUCUCCAUGACGCAGCAAGAAAUGGACAGAAAGAGAUCGUGCAGUUUUUGAUCAGUCAAGGAGCCGAUAUAAAUGCUUUAAACUACAAAAAAACUACACCGAUGCAUUUGACAGCAAUAAAAGGUCAAAUAGCAGUGGCACACCUCUUGGUGAACCAUGGCGCGAACAUUAAUUGUGUUGAUUCUUACGGUGAUUUACCAAUUCACUAUGCAGCUGCAAACGGUUAUAUCAGCAUUGUUCAGCUGCUGAUUCAACGUGGAACUAAUAUAAAUGCCAGUAAUAAUGAGAAAGAGACACCAUUUUUUCUAGCUAAUCAAGGAGGGUAUACUGAGAUAGCUGAACUGUUAAAAAGAACUCCUGGAUUUUCUGAGCCGGGUAAAAGACCGUGGUAUAUUCGAAUUUUUAAAAAUGUCUUUAAUUCUAACUAGUGUAAUUUUCAUACGUAUUAAAAAACAAUUGUAAAUGAUUUGGAUAUAAAAUAAAAUUAACUUGAGA